CCCUUUGGCCCGCCGACGAUUCCCAGAGAAGGAUCGCCGAACGCGACGAGGAAAAUCGAACUGAUUUCUUUGUCCCCUCGCCGGAGGAAGGAAGCCCGCAGGAGCGUAGGGAAUGACGACGGCCGCGGCGACCGCUCUCUCUCUUCUCCCGGUCACGCUUCGGCGGCCCCGGACGCCCUUCUCCAGCUCCAAGAAGGGCAGCGGUGGCAGAAAUGGGUUCAAGGUAUUUGCUGUGCUUAGUGAAGGAGAAGGUAGCUUCGGGAAGAGGAGCACAUGGGAAGCCAUAUUUGAUGUGGAAGACCCUAGGCCUAGAGUUCCACAUACCAAGGGGAAGUUCCUGGAUGUGCAUCAGGCUUUGCAAGUAGCCUUAUUCGAUAUCCAGUAUUGCGAUUGGAGGGCUCGUCAAGAUGUACUAAGUAUCAUGCUUCUUCAUGAGAAGGUUGUCGACGUCCUCAACCCGUUAGCUCGUGAGUUCAAGUCCAUUGGCACCAUGAAGAAGGAACUAGCAGGGUUGCAAGAAGAGCUGGCGCAGGCUCACAAUGAGGUUCAUAUUUCAGAGGCAAGGGUAGGUUCAGCCCUGGAUAAGCUGGCACACAUGGAGAAACUAGUGAAUGAAAGGCUAAUAGAGGACAAAAGUUCCACUAGCUCCAACUCUGAUCCAAUUUCUCUGAGUACUUCAACAUAUAUACAACCUUCAGAGGCUAAACCACGCAAAAGAGGCCUAAAUGUAUCUGGUCCUAUUGAAUCGUACCACCCCAACCUGAAAAACUUUUGGUAUCCAGUGGCAUUCUCAAGUGAUCUAAAAGAUGAUACCAUGGUACCUUUAGAUUGCUUCGACGAACCAUGGGUUAUAUUUAGGGGGAAAAAUAGGGAACCAGGCUGUGUUCAGAAUACAUGCGCCCAUAGAGCCUGUCCUCUUCAUCUAGGAACAGUGAAUGAAGGCCGUAUCCAAUGCCCUUAUCACGGUUGGGAAUACUCAACUGACGGAAAAUGUGAGAAAAUGCCAUCCACCAAAAUGCUCGAUGUGCGAAUUCGAUCAUUACCUUGUUUUGAACAAGAAGGAAUGAUAUGGAUUUGGCCAGGUGAAGCACCUCCCUCAGCUGCCAUUCCUUCUUUGAAACCUCCACCUGGAUUUGAAAUUCAUGCCGAGAUUGUGAUGGAGUUGCCAAUUGAGCAUGGGCUCCUUUUGGAUAAUCUCCUUGACCUAGCUCAUGCACCAUUUACGCACACCUCUACAUUUGCAAAGGGAUGGAGUGUUCCAAGCUUGGUCAAAUUCCUCACACCUUCUUCAGGCUUGGAGGGGUACUGGGAUCCUUAUCCUAUUGACAUGGAAUUUCGGCCUCCCUGCAUUGUCUUCUCUACAAUCGGGAUUGCAAAGCCUGGCAAACUGAAGGGGAAAACUACCAGACAAUGUUCCACGCAUCUACAUCAACUUCAUGUGUGUUUGCCUUCCUCUGGUCGAAAAACAAGAUUGCUCUACAGAAUGUCUCUGGAUUUCGCUCCCUUCCUAAGAAACAUCCCCUUCAUGCACCUCUUGUGGAGGCACUUUGCUGAAAAGGUGCUAAACGAGGACCUGCGCCUCGUUAUUGGCCAACAAGAACGGAUGUUGAAUGGGGUUAAUGUCUGGAACUUGCCAGUCUCAUACGACAAGCUUGGGUUAAGGUAUCGUCAGUGGAGAGAUGCACUCGAGAGAGGAGUCACGCAGUUACCAUUCGUCAAACAAAACAUGUAGCUUCAUACAUAAAGAUUCUGUUUCUGGCAAUAUGCUAAUACACCUUGCUCGCUGCCCAUUAGUUCUACACGACGCAAUAAACGACAGUGUCGAUGGAGAUCGUUUAGCCAUCAUCUCUUUGGAGUUUAACAGCAAGGAGAGUAGAUUUUCAAGACGAAGGUGACCAAGGAGGAUCUGAUUAUUUAUUGUAAAAAUGAGUUGUGCAUUAGUUACGUUUCAAGGCACGCAUGUCUUGAUUCUUUGUCCUUUUUUCUGUGUCUUGCUUCAUUCUUCUUGAUUAUUUAUGUAGCAUUCCAAAACCUCCGUUUUCAAUAGUAAUGCUGAAAUGUUUUAUAGUA